AUGAAAAUCCAGCUAGAGAGCAUUGAGGCCUUUGAGGAUAUUUUCAAGGAAAUCCUGGGGUCUGACGAAACAGCAAAGCACACCCAGAAUGAACUAAAUGUGUUAAUGCACAUAAAGAAUCUUUUCCUGAAGAAUGUAGAAAUAGGAGGGGAAGAGCUUGAUAUAGGGCAAGUGACACAAGAGAAACUUGAAAGAAAGAAGGAGCAUGCAAAGCUAAUUGCAGAAGUAGAAGAAGCAGAGAAAAAUAAAAGUGAAGCUCUAAAUACACUUUGCAAUCUUAGAAGAGAACUUCCACAUACUCUGCGUGAGGAAGUUUCUGAAAGGUGCACAGAAGUCAUACGGCAGAUGAACUAUAAACCAGCGCAUGCUACUAUUCCCCAGAAAGCACCAGCACCAGAGGAGGAUGUCACUCGAAUUAAAUCCACAGUUAACGAAUUAUCUGAAAAGCUGCCUGUGGUUCUGUCGCAAAUAAAGGAGAAGAUCUCCUAUGUAGAGAAAGAAGUAAAGGAAAGAAUUGAUCAAAAGGGAAGAGAGAUUGAAACAGAAGCACUUUCCAUUUUAUUUAAGGAUGAAUUGGAGAUGCCUGAGUGA